UGUUUUGUGCUGCCGGCCUGCACCUCACUUACUCAGUUGUGCAUUCGUUUUUCUUCUCCAGAGAACUUAUACGGUACUCCCAAGCCCCCAGCUGAGCCAAGUCCGGCAGCCCCUCCACUGAAUGUGAGUGAGGCGCUGCUGCCCGGAGCACGGCCCAGCACCCACGGCAAGAGGAAGAGGAACCGGUCAGUCAGAAACAUGGAGCAGCAAGCCAGCCUGGAGCCACCCGAGGAAGAGGAGGAGGAAAGCAGCCCCACCGUGGUCAAUGGGAAUGGGGUGGCCAUCACGCCAGGUGAGGGGGCAUGCAGGGUUGGUGUUUGUAUGGGGGAGGGGGAAAGGGAAAGGGGGCGAGUUGCAUGUGACUGUGAGUGAGUGUGAUUGUGUGUGUGUGACCCUGCGGAGGAUCACUCUCUGGGAUCACUGUCUGUAUGGAAUGAUGUCUCUUGCUCUUACAAAUUGUAUAACUGUGUUCUGUCCAAAAACCACACAUAGAUACUAGUCCUAUUCUUAAUUUCACAAAAUACACAAACAUACAUACACACUAGGGUUUAAUAGUAGCAAAGCCUAAUAUAGUGUAUAAGAGGUCAUACAAUAACUUUUGUAGAGAUUCCUAUGUUGUUGAUGUAAAGAAUAUUUGUUGGUCCGUGGUGUGUAAUGAGGAGCAAACAGACGUUGUGCUUGACACUUUAUGAAAUUGCUCAUCCCAGUUACUAAUAAGCAUGCACCAAUAAAAGAAUGACUGUAAAAACGGUUAAAUCACUGUGGAUUGAUGAGGAAUUAAAAAAUUGUAUGGUUGAGAGGGAUGAGGCAAAAGGAAUGGCAAAUAAGUCUGGGUGCACAACCGUUGGCAAACGUAUUGCAUAUUGAGAAAUCACAUGAUUAAACUGAAUAAAAAGAAGAAGAAACUACACUAUGAAACAAAGAUUAAUGACAUAAAGAAUGAUAGUAAAAAGCUUUGGAGCACCUUCAAUGAAAUGUUGGGCAAAAAGGCAAACUCAGCUCCAUCAUUAAUUGAAUCAGAUGGCUCAUUCAUUACAAAACCGUCUGAUAUUGCCAAUUAAUGUAAUGAUUUUGUUCAUUGGUAAGAUUAGCAAACUUAGGGAUGACAUACCAGCAACAAAUGCUGACACUACACAUCCAAGUAUUUCUGACCAAAUGAUGAAAGACAAGAAUUGUAAAUUCCGUAAAGUGAGCGUGGAAGAGGUGACAUUUUUGUUGUUGUCUAUCAACAAUGACAAGCCACCAGGGUCUGAAAACUUGGAUGGAAAAUUACUGAGGAUAAUAGCGGACAAUAUUGCCACUCCUAUUUACCAUAUCCUCAAUUUAAGCCUACUAGAAAGUGUGUGCACUCAGGCCUGGAGGGAAGCAAAAGUCAUUCCGCUACCUAAGAAUAGUAAAGCCCCCUUUACUGGCUCAAAUAGCCGACUAAUCAGCCUGUUACCAAUUCUUAGUAAAGUUUUGGAAAAAUGGUGUUUGACCAGAUACAAUGCUAUUUUACAGUAAACAAAUUGACAACAGACUUUCAGAACGCUUGUAGGGAAGGACAUUCAACAAGCACAGCACUUACACAAAUGACUGAUGAUUGGCUGAGAGAAAUUGAGCUGUUUUGUUAGACUUCACCGCGGCUUUUGACAUUUUCGAUCAUAGUCUGCUGCUGGAGAAAUGCAUGUGUUAUGGCUUUACACCCCCUGCUAUAUUGUGGAUAAAGAGUUACCUGUCUAACAGAACACAGAGGGUGUUAUUUAAUGGAAGCCUCUCCAACAUAAUCCAGGUAGAAUCACGCAUUCCCCAAGGCAGCUGUCUAGGCCCCUUACUUAAAUACAUUUUUGCUAAUGACAUGCCACUGGCUUUGAGUAAAGCCAGUCUGUCCAUGUAUGCGGAUGACUCAACACUAUACACGUCAGCUACAACAGCAACUAAAAUGACUGCAACACUUAACAAAGAGCUGCAGUUAGUUUCAGAAUGGGUGGCAAGGAAUAAGUUACUCCUAAAUAUUUCACAAACUAAAAGCAUUGUAUUUGGGACAAAUCCUUCACUAAACCCUACACCUCAACUAAAUCUUAAAUAAUGUGGAAAUUGAGCAAGUUGAGGUGACUAAACUGCUUGGAUCAACCCUGGAUUGUAAACUGUCAUGGUCAAAACAUAUUGAUACAACAGUAGCUAAGAUCGGGAAAAGCGCUGCUCUACCUUCUUAACAACACUAUCAACAAGGCAGGUCCUACAGGCUCUAGUCCUACCUGGACUACUGUUCAGUCGUGUGGUCAGGUGCCAAAAAAAGGGACUUAGGAAAAUUGCAAUUGGCUCAGAACAGGGCAGCAUGGCUGGCCCUUGGAUGUACACAGAGAGCAAACAUUAAUAAUACGGAUAUCAGUCUCUCCUGGCUCAAAGUAGAGUGAUUGACCUCAUCACUACUUGUAUUUGUGUGAGGUAUUGACAUGUUGAAAGCACCAGCUGUCUAUUUAAACGACUAGCACACAGCUCAGACACCCAUGCAUACCCCACAAGACAAGCCACCAGGGGUCUCUUCACAGUCCCCAAGUCCAGAACAGACUAUGGGAGGCGCACAGUACUACAUAGAGCCAUGACUACAUGGAACUCUAUUCCACAUCAAGUAACUGAUGCAAGCAGUAGAAUCAGAUUUAAAAAAAAAUAUUGAAAUACACCUUAUGGAACAGCGGGGACUGUGAAGCAACACAAACAUAGGCACAGACACAUUCAUACAGACACGAUAACAUAUGCACUAUACACACACAUACACAUGGAUUUUGUGUUGUAGAUAUGUGGUAGUGGAAUAUGGGCCUGAGGGCACACCCUUAGUGUGCUGUGAAUUCUGUAAUUAAUGUAUAUUAUUGUUUUCAAAAUUGUAUAACUGCCUUAAUUUUGCUGGACCCCAGGAAGAGUAGCUGCUGCCAAGGCAGCAGCUAAUUGGGAUCCAUAAUAAAUACAAAUACAAAGCGUCCUAGAACGACGCAGUUUUACCUCAAGCCGACGCAUCACUGGAUGAAAUUAGCAGAAAUUACUGUGAGCGACGGUUCUCCUACCAUGGCAUUGCAAACAGCAUUGUGCUACACACGAUUUCUACCGUAUCUGCCAGUCUGUACCACAGCAGUACAAUUUCGUCUUGAGCUCUUCCUUUCUGCUCUUCCUUCAUGAUUCUGUCCAAUGGUUUUAUAUGCUUUAGAACGACACUUCCGGUUUUGGCGGGAAAUACCGGGUUACCCAGGAGAAAAGUGAUUUAUUCUCAGGAUGGAACAUUUGUAAAAUACCAGGAAAAUGUUAAACCCUAAUACACACACACAAUCUCUCUCACACACACACUCACAUGUUUACAAACAUGUUUGCAAACACACACAUGCGCUUGUACACACACAAGCAUGUACAUACACACACACACUCACACAAACGCACACAAACACAAACGCGCACACACACGCAGGUGAGUCUCAGCCGAGCCAACACAGGGCCUAGGUCCCUCAGGAGAGAGAGAUGGAAAGAGAGGGAGAAAUAGAAAGAGGGCAUAGCUGCAGCACCUCUGAUAAAUCACAAUAAAAUAUACUGUAUAUAUACAGUUGAAGUCAGAAGUUUACAUACACCUUAGCCAAAUCCAUUUAAAAUCAGUUUUUCACAAUUCCUGACAUUUAAUCCUAGUAACAAUUCCCUGUCUUAGGUCAGUUAGGAUCACAACUUUAUUUUAAUAAUGUGAAAUGUCCGAAUAAUUGUAGAGAUUAUUAUUUCAGCUUUUAUUUAUUUCAUCACAUUCCCAGUGGGUCAGAAGUGUACCUACACUCAAUUAGUAUUUGGUAGCAUUGCCUUUAAAUUGUUUCACUUGGGUCAAACGUUUCGGGUAGCCAUCCACAAGCUUCCCACAAUAAGUUGGGUGAAUUUUGGCCCAUUCCUCCUGACAGAGCUGGUGUAACUGAAUCAUGUUUGUAGGCCUCCUUGCUCACACAAGCGUUUUCAGAUCUGCCCACAAAUGUUCUAUAGGAUUGAGGUCAGGGCUUUGUGUUGGCCACUCCAAUACCUUGACUUUGUUGUCCUUAAGCAAUUUUGCCACAACUUUGGAAGUAUGCUUGGGGUCAUUGUCCAUUUGGAAGACCCAUUUGCGACCAAGCUUUAACUUCCUGACUGAUGUCUUGAGAUGUUGCUUCAAUAUAUCUACAUAAUUUUCCUUCCUCAUGAUGCCAUCUAUUUUAUGAAGUGCACCAAUCCCUCCUGCUGAAAAGCACCCCACACAGCAUGAUGCUGCCACCCCCGUGCUUCACGUUUGGGAUGGUGUUCUUUGACCUGCAAGCCACCCCCUUUUUCCUCCAAACAUAACGAUGGUCAUUCUGGCCAAACAGUUCUAUUUUUGUUUCAUCAGACUAGACGACAUUUCUCCAAAAAGUAUGAUUUUUGUCCCCAUGUGCAGUUGCAAACUGUAGUCUGGCUUUUUUUAUGGCCGUUUUGGAGCAGUGGCUUCUGCCUUGCUGAGCGGCAUUUCAGGUUAUGUUGAUAUAGGACUCGUUUUACUGUUGAUAUAGAUACUUUUGUACCCGUUUCCUCCAGCAUCUUCACAAUGUCCUUUGCUGUUGUUCUGGGAUUGAUUUGCACUUUUCACACCAAAGUACGUUCAUCUCUAGGAGACAGAACGCGUCUCCUUCCUGAGCGGUAUGACGGCUGCGUGGUCUAUGGUGUUUAUACUUGCGUACAAUUGUUUGUACUGAUGAACGUGGUACCUUCAGGCGUUAGGACAUUGCUCCCAAGGAUGAACCAGACUGGUGGAGGUCUACAAUUUUUUUCUGAGGUCUUGGCUGAUUUCUUUUGAUUUUCCCAUGAUGUCAAGCAAAGAGGCACUGAGUUUGAAGGUAGGCCUUGAAAUACAUCCACAGGUACACCUCCAAUUGACUCAAAUGAUGUCAAUUAGCCUAUCAGAAGCUUCUAAAGCCAUCAUUUUCUGGAAUUGUCCAAGCUGUUUGAAGGCACAGUCAACUUAGUGUAUGUAAACUUCUGACCCACUGGAAUUGUGAUACAGUAAAUUAUAAGUGAAAUAAUCUGUCUGUAAACAAUUGUUGGAAAAAUUACUUGUGUCAUGCAAAAACGAUAGUUUGUUAACAAGACAUUUGUGGAGUGGUUUAAGAACGAGUUUUAAUGACUCAAACCUAAGUGUAUGUAAACUUCCGACUUCAAAUGUAUAUAAAAUAAGUAAAUAAAUACUUGUCAGCAACCCCAUCACAAAUCAUCUUCCCGCUGCCAUGGAAGAGGAGCAAAGAGAAUAAUGAAAAGAGAGGGGCGACAGAAAGAGAGAGAGAUGAAGAGAGACAGAUGACGACUUCAGGGGUCAAGACUGAGUGAGUCAGAGAGAGAGAGGUGGAGGAGGGGCUGAAAGAAGGGGAGCAACCGGGGAGGAAACGAGAUGGAGAUUGAGAGAGAUUAAGAUGGAGAAAUGGAUAGAGAGACAGAGAGAGUGGGAGAGAAAGGGAGAGGGAUACAUGGAGGAAGAGAGCUGUGUAAGUAUUAAUGGAGACCAGGACAGAGAGCAAUAGAGGGAGAACAUUGAGAGCGAAAGAGACGGUGAGAAGAGAAAAGAGAGUGACAGAGGGACGGAGAGGGAGAAAUAGGGCCAGAGCCAUAAUGAGAUAAAUCAAAGCGACGGUGCCCUAUAUGGUUUUGACAGUCCCCUGCACUCUUAGAAAAGGGUUAUUUGGCUGUCCUCAUAGGAGAACCCUUUGAAGAACCAUUUGGGGUUUCAUGUAGAACCCUUUCUACAGAGGGUUCCACAUUGAAACCGAAAGGGUUCUACCUGGAACCAAAAAGGGUUCUCCUGUGGGGACAGCCAAAGAACCCUUUUGGGUGUGUGUUCGUGUGUGUGUGUGUGUGCAUUGUUGUUGUUGGAACGCACAUAAAUGCUAAAAUACACACCCCGUGACACACACACACACACAGAAACAGGAGAGUGAGGUAAGAAGAUAAGAGAUCUAUGGGACAGUGGGAUCUACUAUUGAUUGGCUGUGAGUGUGAAACAGCACUUGAGGAACGACACAUACAGGGAUGUGCACAGACAUAUUUUCAGUUGAAGGCGAGGAUAUUAGACUUUUGAGACUGUAGUUUCCUCUACAGAUUUAGGAUCAGCUUCCCCUCCCCCAGCCCUAACAAACCAUUAGUGGGGUAAAUAGAAAACGGACAGGGUCUAUGGGAAAAUUCACCCUACGCCCCAUACACCCGGUCUUUAAAGCAGAGUUUUCACUCGUACUGAACAGUAUAUUGAUGAUGUUGGCUACAGUUUUCUCUAACCCCAUGUAAAUACAUGGAUGUUAGAAGGUCUUUGUUGAGCUCUAGUUGAGAACACUAAUGGAAACAUCAUAUAGUACUGCAGUGUGUGUUUAAAAGACAGGUCAUGUAUUCUGUGUGUGCAUGUAUACCCUAUCUGCUCCGUGGGACACUUCAGAGAGUGUGUUUGGACCACUAGAGCUGUGUUCUUCUUUGCUCAGCAUUAAGCAACAGGGAAGUGGUUUUCUCUAGAGCACUCUCUCCACACAAAGGGGCUGUUUCAGAGUUGAGAUCGUUCAACAAUGCUGGCGUUCCUGCCUGACUACAUUGCAGAUGCCUGCCAGAUCUCACAGCACACGGAUAGAUUUUUAACAUCAACUAAACACAUCAUAUGAUAUAGCAAUCUGAUGCCCUACUGCGCAGUCGAUGACAUGGCGCACAACCAUUGGUUGAUCCAAUGCAAUGUCUGCAAUGCAGUCAGCCAGGAACGCCACCAAUGUUAAUGGCAGACUUCUGAAGUCAGCAGAUCUGAAGUCAAAAUCAGCCCAAAGGGACUAUAGGGACUGAGGUGUAUGACAGAAGACCAUACUGUAUGAAGCGCUUUAAAACAACUGUCUCAAUUUGUUUCUCUCUAUCUUUUCUACAGAGACAAGCGAGCAUGAGGACAAGAGCACAGACGGGUCGGGGGAGCUUUCUGUGGUGGAGGCCCCCACAUUGCCCCCUCCCACCACUGAGCCCCCCACAGAGGGAGAGGAGCCCCCUGAGGGGGACUCCCCCAAAUCACCCCCCAAACUCCCCGAGGGGGAUGAGGAGGAACUGGGACCCCUACCUGACAACUGGGAGAUGGCCUACACAGAGAAAGGAGAGGUCUACUUCAUAGAGUAAGUGUGUGUUUUUGUGGGGGGGAGCCCUACAUUAUGAUGAAUGCACGCGUACACACACACACUAGCAUCAACAAAAUUGUUGAAAGAUUUUAAAAGCAAUUCUAAUAAAACAGUUUUCAAUGGAUUUUUGAAUGUUUCAAAUACAUCAGGAAUUGACUGAAUUAUAGCACAUAAAACAUUUUACUGUACAAAUAAUGAAUGGAGUUCAGGGAAUUUGGUGGGAAUUCAGGUUUUCAAAUAAUUGUGAAAUGUCACCGUUUUUUUUUCUUAGAAUGGUGGUGGCUGCAUCAACACUGUAUUCAGGACAAAACGUCAAUUUCUUUACCACAUUUUUUGCAGUAUUACUUUAGUGCCUUAUUGCAAACAGGAUGCAUGUUUUGGAAUAUUUUUAUUAUGUACAGGCUUCCUUCUUUUCACUCUGUCAUUUAUGUUAGUAUUGUGGGGUAACUACAAUGUUGUUGAUCCAUCCUCAGUUAUCUCCUAUCACAGCCAUUAAACUCUGUAACUGUUUUAAAAUCCCCACUGGCCUCAUGCUGAAAUCCAUGAGUGGUUUCCUUCCUCUCCGGCAACUUAGUUAGGAAUGGUGCCUGUAACUUUGUAGUGACUGGGUGUAUUGAUACACCAUCCAAAGUGUAAUUAAUAACUGCACCAUGCUCAAAGGGAUAUUAAAAGUACUGUAUGCUUUUUUUUUGUAUGCUACUAAUAGGUGCCCUUCUUUGCGAACCAUUGGUAAACCUCCCUGGUCUUUGUGGUUGAAUCCAUGCUUGAAAUUCACAGCUUGACUGACGGACCUUACAGAUAAUUGUAUUGGAGAUGAGGUAGUCAUUUACAACGUAUUAUGUGACUUGUUAAGCACAUUUUUACUCCUGAACUUAUAUAGGAUUGCCAUAACAAAAGGGUUGAAUACUUAUUGACCCAAGAUAUUUCAGCUUUUCAUUUGUAAUUAAUUUGUAAACAUUUCUAAAAACAUAACUCCACUUUGACAUUAUGGGGUACUGUGUGUAGAUCAGUGACACAAAAUCUCAAUUUAAUAAAUUUUAAAUUCAGGGUGUAACACAAAAGUGAAUACUUUCUGAAGGCACUGUAAGUGUCGAGAUGACGUGUUAAAUUCCUGACGAAGCUUUAGUGUUCUUAUCCAGUAGGUGUAACAGAAAGACAAUAUAUUCCAUUAAGUCCUUUUCAGCCAUUACUAGGGUGUUUGACAGGUCAUUACACACACACACAAACUGUUUCUCUCCCCCUCUCUCUGUCUUUCUAAUGAGAAGCAGAGGGACAAUUAGAGAAUGUAUGGCAGUUUUGUUCACCUUAAAUAUCUCACCCUCCUCUCUUUCACUCACACACAACCUCUGUCCUGCCCACCUCAACUCCACAUAAAACAUUGUAAAAAACACAUAUACACAGGGGAUGGGGGGGUUAAAUCUUUCUUCUUCUUUUUUUUAAAAUGAGAGGCGAAUUCCACCCUCCUUUCAUAUUUUUUGUAGGAUAUUCAGACAGUACAGAAACGGAGUGGUAUACAGGAUAAGUAGUGAAAGUAUAAAAUGUGGUCGCAGGGAAUGAACCUACGACCUUCAGGUUCUAAUGUGAUUUGUGUUAGGGGUAUUGCCACUCAACCACACAGGCACUGAUAUCUCGCUCUUCUUGCCCUCUUUAUCUUCCUUGCCUCGCUCUCUCCUCACCCUCUCUAUUUCUGUACUGUAUCUCUUUCUCAUCCUCUCUCCUUCCCUCUCCUCUCUCUUUCUCAUCUCUCUCUUGCUUUCUCUCUCUUUCUCUCUGUCUCUCUCUCUCUACUCUCCAGUCACAACACCAAAACCACAUCAUGGCUGGAUCCUCGGCUGGCCAAGAAGGCCAAACCACCUGAGGAGUGCAAAGAGGACGGUGAGUGUUUGUGUUUUUAUGUAAAUGCGCAAAUAUAUGUUGAUGCAUAAGGUUUCUCUCUUCUUCUCUUCAAAAAGUAUGUGGACACCUGCUCAUCGAACAUCUCAUUCCAUGGCCAUGGGCAUUAAUAUGGAGUUGGUCCCCUCUUUGCUGCUAUAACAGCCUCCACUCUUCUCGGAAGGCUUUCCACUAGAUGUUGGAACAUUGCUGCGGGACUUGCUUCCAUUCAGCCACAAGAACAAUAGUGAGGUCGGGCACUGAUGUGGGGCGAUUAGGCCUGGCUAGCAGUCAACGUUCCAAUUCAUCCCAAUGGUGUUCGGUGGGGUUGAGGUCAGGGCUCUGUGCAGGCCAGUCAAAUUCUUCCACACCGAUCUCGAAAAACCAUUUCUGUAUGGACCUCGCUUUGUGCACGGGGGCAUUGUCAUGCUGAAACAGGAAAGGGUCUUCCCCAAACUCUUACCAUAAAGCUGGAAGCACAGAAUCGUCUAGAAUGUAUACUGUAGCGUUAAGAUUUCCCUUCACUGGAACUAAGGGGCCUAGCCCGAACCAUAUUACACAUUCUCAAUUUUACUUUUUGUGUGCGUAUAUGUUUGUAUGUGAGUGUGUACGCUUGUAGAAUAGACUGAGACCAUUAUUCUUCCUCCACCAAACUUUACAGUUGGCGCUAUGCAAUCGGGCAGGUAGCGUUCUCUUGGCAACCGCCAAACCCAGACUUGUCCGUCGGACUGCCAGAUGGUGAACGGGGAUUCAUCACUCAAGAGAAUGCGUUUCCACUGCUCCAGAAAUGUUGGCGAGCUUUACACCACUCCAGCCGACGCUUGAGAUUGGGCAUGGUGAUCUUAGGCUUGUGUGCGGCUUUUCGGCAAUGGAAACUCAUUUCAUGAAGCUCCCGACGAACAGUUAUUUUGCCGACGUUGCUUCCAGAGGCAGUUUGGAACUCGGUAGUGAGUGUUCUAACCGAGGACAGAUGAUUUGUAUGCGCUACGCGCUUCAGCACUCGGCGGUCCCAUUCUGUGAGCUUGUGUGGCCUACCAGUUCGCAGCUGUGCCGUUGUUGCUUCUAGACAUUUCCACUUCACAAUAACAGCACUUACAGUUGACCGGGGCAGCUCUAGCAGGGCAGAAAUGUAAAGAACUGACUUGUUGGAAAGGUAGCAUCCUAUGACGGUGCCACGUUGAAAGUCACUGAGCUCUUCAGGAAGGCCAUUCUACUGCCAAUGUUUUGUCUAUGGAGAUUGCAUGGCUGUGUGCUAGAUUUUAUAUACCUGUCAGCAACGGGUGUGGCUGAAAUAGCCGAAUCCACUGAUUUGAAGGGGUGUCCACAUAGUUUUGUAUAUAUGGUGUAUCUAUUUAUUGCCAUACACUGAGUGUACAAAACAUUAGGAACACAAUUAGGAACACCAAUGUAUGUAGCUCUGUCCUUUAGCUGUUCUUGUUUAUUAAUGUUCUGUAUUAUGUCAUGUUUUAUGUUUUGUGUGGACCCCAGGGAGAGUAGCUGCUGCUUUCACAACAGCUAAUGGGGAUCCUAAUAAAAUACCAAAUACUCAUAUUGAGUUCCAUCCCCUUUUACCCUCAGUACAUCCUCAAUUAGUUGGGGCAUGCUGGCCCAUCCAGAGAUGCUGGCCCAUCUUGACUCCAAUGUUUCCCACAGUUAUGUCAAGUUCACUGGAUAUCCUUUGGGUGGUGGACACACUCAAACCAUUGCGCCUGGCACCUACCACCAUACCCUGCUCAAAGGCACUUAAAUAUUUUGUCUUGUCGAUUCAGUCUCUGAAUGGCACACAUACACAAUCCAUGUCUCAAUUGUCUGAAGGCUUAAAAAUCCUUUAACCUGUCUCCUCCCCGUAAUCUACUGAUUUAAAGUGACAUCAAUAAGGGAUCAUAGCUUUCACCAGGAUUCACCUGGUCAGUGUAUGUCAUGGAAAGAGCAGGUGUUCCUAAUGUUUAGUAAAUACAAAUAUUUAUAGCUUUCAGCAAUGGCCGAGAUUUCCGUUUACAAGGGUGGAGACUUCGCAAAUCUUACCAAAUUAUGCAAGAUUUUAGUUCUGGGUUAACCGUGAUUUCUCCUCCUCUCCUCUCCUCUCCUCUCCUCUCCUCUCCUCUCCUCUCCUCUCCUCUCCUCUCCUCUCCUCUCCUCUCCUCUCCUCUCCUCUCCUCUCCUCUCCUCUCCUCUCCUCUCCUCUCCUCUUCUCUCUCUCUGUCCAGCAAAGGACCUGUGUGUGACGGGAAUUCUAAUAGCUCUGGUCUGUUAGCAAACACUCUGUUAGCACAGAUCCUCCCUCCCCCUAUCUCUCUUUCCCUCUCUCUUGCUUGCUCUUUUUCUCACUUGAUCUCUUUCUCUCUCUGUCCUCCUUUCUCCCUCUUUUUUAAAUCUAUUUUUAUUCCCUCUCUCACUCCUGUCUGGGGAAUUCUCUUGAUACCUAAAAAAAAAACGGGAUAGUUAAUAAUCAUAUGGCAUAAAAACAGGGAAUUGCUGCCAUAUUGCCUCCACAUCUUCACUAAGUAUAUGUCCUUCUAAUUAAGGAAAUUAAGGAAAGGAGAAUAGGACAGGAUAUAGUAAGGGGAAGGUUUUAUGACAUAGGAAAGGAAUGGAUGGGAAUAGGACAUAGGAAAGGAAGCGAAUGAAAUAGGAUAUAGAAAAGGAAGGAAGGACAUAGGAAAGGAAGCGAAUGGAAUGUGACGUAGGAAAGGAAGGGAUAUUAAAUAGGAAGGGUAUGCAAACAGGAAAUCAAGGAAAGGGAAUAGGACUUAGGAAGGGAAGGGAAGAGGACAUAGGCCUAGAAAAGGAAGGGAAGGGAUAUGAUAUAGAAUAUGAAGGGAAGAGACUAGGACAUUGGAAAGGAAGGUGAGAGUUUAAGGACAUAGGAUAGGAAAGGAAGGGAAGGAAAUAAGAUGGAAGGGAUUACGAUGUAGAAAAGAAGGGGAGGGUUCUAGGACGUAGGAAAGGAAAGGCAGGGGGAUAGAACAUAGGAAAGGAAUGGGGGGAUUUAGGAAAGGGUGGGUUUUAGGAUAUAGGAACGGAAGGGAGGACGUAGGAAAGGAAAGGAUAUUAAGGAAGGAAAUAGGACAUAAGAAAGGAGGGAAAUCUGACAUCUGAAGGGAAGGGAAUAGGACAUAAGAACGGAAAAGAAGGGAAUAUGGCACAGGGAAGGGUUUAGGAUAUAGGUAGGGAAGAGUUCAAUGACAUAUGAAGGGAAGCCUCUUUUUGGUAUUGGUACAUAGCCCCGAUGUUGUUUGUUGUUGUUUGCUGCCAGUCUGAUUGAAGGAUUCUGGGAUUUCCUGGAGCCUCUCACCUACCAACAGGGAGGCAGAAACUAA